AUGUAAUGCUUAAUAUUAUAACGAAAUAAUUAUUAGCUUCGGUAUACUUUUAAUAUCAGUAUUCUAAUCGAAUUAUUUUCAUUUGAUAACAACGUAAUGUGACAUAUUAAAGAGAAAUUUUAUUUUUUCUGUGAAAUUCGAUUGCUUCGUAUUCGUUGCUAGUUUAAUAAAACACAUGGACGCGGCCUUGGUUUAGCGCCGCCAUUCGCCAUUGUUGGUUCUAGCAAAAAGAGUUUACAAUAUACUUUUGUAGGAAGAAGUAUUCUUUUGGGCUAAAAGUACUUUGUGGAUUUAAUCGAAGAUAAAUAUGGCUCGUAGCCGGAAAGAUAGUACGGGUAAAAGCGAUUCCGAAGCUACGGACAAGGAAAGUAAAAGGGAAAGAGGUAGAGAAAGAGAAAGAAAAAAACGUGCUGCUUCUUCUUCAAGCAGUGGUAGCAGUUCAUCGGACAGUAGUUCCGGAUCAUCCAGUUCCAGCAGCGGUAGUAGCUCUAGAUCGAGCUCUUCCUCUAGUACUUCUUCCAGUACUUCUGGAAGUUCUUCCGGAAGUUCUAGAGAUAGAGGACGUAAAAGAAGUCGGAGUAAGAGCAUUGAUGCUUCUAGAAGACAUGAUAAUAAAGAAAAGGAAAGAGAAAAAGAUAGGGAUAGAGAAAGGGAAAGAGACCGAGAUAGGGAUAGAGAAAGAGAUAGAGAUAAGGAUAAAAAGAAAAGUAGUAAUUCCGUCGUCGAUAAGCCUAAACCUAAAGGACGUUCCAGAUCUCCUUCUCCACGUCGUAAACGUAGAGAACGUUCUCCUAUUCCAAGACCAACAAAGAUACAUAUUGGACAUUUAACAAGAAACGUUACUAAGGAACAUAUUAUGGAAAUAUUUUCAGCAUAUGGUCAAAUCAAAAUGGUUGACUUUGCUAUGGAUAAACUUCAUCCAAAUCAAGGACGUGGAUUCGCUUAUGUCGAAUUUGAAACAGCUGAUGAAGCUGAAAAUGCUAUGAAACAUAUGGAUGGUGGACAAAUCGAUGGACAAGAAAUUACAGCUGCUCCUGUAUUAUUACCGAAACCGAGACCAAUACCAAUGCGUAGAAUGUCACCAGUUAUGGGAAGACGUGUACCAUUACGAUGGGGUGGAGGUAGAAAUACUCCUCCACGUUAUCGUAGACGCUCGCCACCAAUGAAUCGACGUAGAAGUCCACGCCCACCUAGACGUAGACCUAGAAGUCGUUCCCGUAGUCCACAAAAUAACCCACGUCAUCGACAUCGUCGAUAUACAAGAUCCAGUUCAAGCAGCUCCCGAUAACACUUUCUUGUGUAUACAAAAGUUACGAACUGAAUUUGACUGAAGAUGAUUUAUCGGAUUGGUCACUUUGAUAUAAUAUAAAAAAAAAAAAAAAAAAACACGAGAGAAAAAGAAAAAAAAAGUUAACAUCUACGAUGAAUUGUGCAUACAGAGUACUCAUAGGUAUAUGUAUUUGCAAUCAUCAAACUUUGCACGUAACGAGAAUCGUAAAAAUAAUUUUAUGUUUUAUCGAAUAGUUACACACAUCGCGUUACUUUCUGAAAUAUACUGAUUUCUCACAUGAUCAAUGUAUUUAGCACUUCAUUGGUACCUGAGGACUAUAUUCGUGAAGUAAUUACACGAAAAGUUAUUCUCAUUCGUACAUAGUUAGAAAAAUAUCAAACUUAUCACAAUCGCUAUCGGUAUAUCUUGUAAUCAAUAUAGUAUUAAUUUCAAAUAUAACAAUUGAAACAUAUGUCAUAUUGAUAGAAUCCCAGUGCCAAUGCCAGUGCUCUUUUUUUUUUCUCUCUCUCUUUUUUGUUUUGUUUGCUCGCAAGAUUUUCAAAGCAAAUAUUGUAUACUCAAAUCGUGAAGCAAAAGAUGAAUAUUUUAUAAAAAGAAAAAGAAAAAAAAAAGAGAAGACAAGCAGAAUUGUUGACUAAAUUAAAAGUAUGAACAUAUAGCAUACAUCAUUUUUCUUCACAAAUAUUCAAAUAUUCUAAUAUUGACGAUAUGCUUAAAUCUUUUUCUUUUUUUUUUUUCUUUUUUUUUUCUCUUUCUUUCAAAUCAAUGUAUUUUCAGAAAUGACGUAGCUUACGGAUUAGAUUAUAAAUUUUCUAAUGGUUGUGUCUGUCUAAGCGUAUAUUCUUGUCCAUCACCUGUCUAUACUCCAUUAGAUUAGAGGAAUUUAUUUAUUGGAACACUGGCACACAGCACGCGUUAUAAAAAGUGAUUGGAAUCCAUCUUGCAUUGUUUGAGAAUAUUGGUAAUUUGAUAUAUCCAGAAAAGAAUAAAAAUAAAUUAAAAAAAUAAAAAAACCGAAGAAAAGAAAAGAAAAAUUAAUGAAAAAGUAAAAAACCUGAUCGUUCAAUAAAUGUUUUUAUAAACUUAGAUCCAUAGCGGGUGUUAUAAUGCCUUUCUUGAAUUUUCUCUCUGUAUGUAUCACACCUGUGCGUAAAUUAAUGUUUAAAUCGCGCACAAAAUUUCUAUAGUUUGUGAAUUAUGUUUAAUUUAGGAUUGAUCGAUUGAUGAUAUUAAUGAUGAUGAUGAUGAUGAUGAUGAUGAUGAUGAUGAUGACGACGAUGAUUAUGAUGAUGAUGAUACUGAAAAGAUACACAGAUUUGAUAGAAACUAUGAUUAUUAGACCCUUUUACAAAGAAUCAAUUUUUAGAAAAAACCUAUUCACACAAAAAUCCUUUCUUUUUAUAUACUUCGUGGUAUCUACAAGAGAACAGAAACUCAUUGCAUCUCACACAUCUGAUGUAAAAUUAUCUACAUAUUUCUUUUUCUUCUUUUAUAUUGCGCGUGGUCGUUUAAUUAUCAAUAAUGUACACUUUUAUACGUGAAAACUUUACAAUAGAAACGAAGUGCUCCUGCUUUUUAUUAUUAUUAUUAUUUUUUUUUUUUCAAUACUUUUACCGUUCAAAAAGUAAAAAGUUUUCUUUUUUCUUUUUUUCCUUAUUAUUAGUAUUAUUAUUAUUUUUUUUUUUACUUUUACUUUAUCAUUAUUUUAUUUUUUUAUUUUUAUAUUUUUUUUCUAAGAAGAACCGGUAUGUGUUUAUCAUCGAAUAUAUCAAAAAAUUGUUCAUGGCACAAAUAUACGUAUAUAUAUAUAUAUAUAUAUAUAUAUAUAUAUAUAUAUUUGUUUCAAAAUGUUGUCUGGUAAUAAAAGAAAUUGAAAAUAGUUGGGGACCUGGAUUGUAAAAAUAUUUGUGUGGGAGGGAGUGGAUGGAGAUUUAGAGAAAAUGACAAUAAAAUAAAUACGUACGUUCCAGAAUUAAAAUAAUAUAUAGAAAGAGAGAGAGAGAGAGAGAAAUAGAAAUAGAAAUAGAAAUAGAGAUAGAAAUAGAGACCACCAGUUUUCUAUAGAAAGGGAAUUAUACCGCAUAUCCUAAUGGUGUUAUGAGAACUUAAAAAAAACAAAAAAAAGAAAGAAAAAAGAUUAAAAGAUCCGCACACAGUAUAAAAAAUAUUUCUGCGCUAAAGCACUUUGGCACGGAUAAAUUAUGUACGUUCAUACAGAUAUCAAAAUUGAUCUAUUUCAUAGAUAGAUCCUGUGAUAUUUGACGUCAAUGAUCGUAUACUCUUUUCUGUUUCCUUUUUUUCUUUUUUUCUUCUUCUAUCAUUACUUAUUGUUAUUGUUGCAUUUGUGAAGAGUGGUAACACGAUUUUCUUCUGAAUUUUUUUUUUCUUUACUUUACUUUUUUGUCUGAAGAAUUCAUUGGAUUUAUAUUUUGGUCGUAUCGAUUAAAAAAUACACAUGGAACAUAUUGUUAUAGUUUUAACGAGUUCUUCUUCGUAUCACAGGAGAUAAAAAAAAAAGAGAAAAAAAAAACGUGGGAGAAUACGUGCUAAUAAUUGGUACGCGCGGUCGACGAAAA